AUGUGGUGCUGCCAUAUCGAUGCGAAUAAUCGAUAUCUAAGGCAUCUCUGAGUUUCGUUGGUCGAAACAAAAACGCAGAGAAAACUUUGAUAAUAUUUAGUAAAUAAUAACAAAUAUAAUACAAUAAAUAAACCAUGAAUAAACUAAAGUCAAGCCAACACCGUGACAAGGUGAAAAAAUUCAUUUCGCUAACACAAACUGGCGAACAGACGGCCAUUUUCUGCCUGCAACAGAAUGAUUGGAAAAUGGAUUUGGCUAGCGAUAACUAUUUCCAGAAUCCCGAAUACUAUUAUCGGGAGCUAGAUCGCAAGCGUAUCGAGCAAUUGUUUAUGCGCUAUCGGGAUCCAAGUGAUGCUCAAAAGAUCAGUUCACAAGGUGUUAUACGAUUUCUAGAGGAUUUGGAACUCAGCCCAGACUCGAAACUGGUGCUGAUCAUUGCCUGGAAGUUUCAUGCUGAAGUACAGUGCGAAUUUUCUCGUGAUGAGUUCAUUAAUGGCAUGUGUGACCUGGGCACAGAUAGCAUUGAGAAGCUGAAGUCGAAAUUGCCAUUACUGGAACAGGAAUUGAAUGAUGCGGGCAAAUUUAAAGAUUUCUAUCAUUUUACUUUCAACUAUGCAAAGGAUCCGGGUCAGAAAGGCAUUGAUUUGGAAAUGGCCAUUGCAUACUGGUGUAUAGUGCUCAGUGAUCGCUUCAAAUUCUUGGGCAUCUGGUGUAAAUUUCUCGAAGAGAAACAUAAGCGAGCCAUUUCAAGGGACACUUGGAACCUUCUCCUGGACUUUGCCACCAAUAUUGAUGAUCGCAUGAGCAACUAUGAUUCAGAGGGGGCUUGGCCAGUGCUUAUUGAUGAUUUUGUCGAAUGGUGCCAAGAGAAUAAUCAUCUUGCCGCAGAUCAGCAGCACACGCAACAACAGCAGCAAUCGUCGUCCCAGAAGAACAUAUCCAGCGCUUACCAGACCUCGCAUAGUACAAAUAUGAAUUAUGGCUAACGAUCGUUGCUUGAUAUAUAUAUAUAUAUACCUAUAUUCUCAUUAAUGAUAAA